AUGUCUGAUGCAGAACACGACCCUGUCCUGCCAGCGGCACCAUCCCGCACUGCAGCGACAAAGUCACAACGUACCCUCGCCUGUGCAGCAUGCCAACAACGCAAAGUAAAGUGCGACAGGAAAUUUCCUUGCAACACAUGUGUUAAGAGUAAUAUACAAUGCGUUCCUAUCGCUGCUCCUCGACAACGUCGUCGACGCUUCCCUGAAGCAGAGUUAUUACUACAUGUACGAAGGCUGGAAGAUCUGUUGCGAAAACACGAAAUAGCUUUUGAGCCUUUGCAUGGGAACGCGGUGCAGGGAAGAGAGAAGGCUGGAGAGAAAGAGGGAGGAAGUCCGGAAAUCAAGACUGAGACGGAGUUUGAAGCCAAAAACCUCUGGCACGCCAUGAAUCAAAAAGUACAACCGCAUCGCGGAUUAUCCUUGAUGGAAGAAGUGCUGAUUGCCAAUCACCAGUCUCCUCACCCCACCGAACACGACUCGGACGAGGAUCAUGAAGACAAUGAUACCGAAGAUCUGCGUGAUGUUGCAGGCAAGAAGACUUGGGAUCAAAUGUACAAGAAAAGCACGGAUUUCUUGCUCUUUGGCUCUUUGAUCACAGAUGUCGAGUUGGAUGUUUUGCAUCCGGACCAGGGCCAGGUCUUUAAGCUGUGGCAGAUUUAUCUGGAGAAUGUGAAUCCGUUGCUCAAGGUUACGCAUACGCCGACUUUGCAGAUGAGGUUUGUUAAUGCGGUUGGGCAUUUGAAGGGCGUGGAGCCGAAUUUGGAGGCUUUGAUGUUUAGUGUGUAUUGUGCGGCCGUCAUGAGUCUUUCGAUGAUUGAGUGUCGAGGUAUGUUUGGUUGUGAGAAGGAGGAUCUGAUGCAAAGAUAUCGAUUUGGAUGUCAACAGGCGCUGCUCAAGUGUGGCUUCUUACAGACUGAUGAUUUAGAUUGCUUGACCGCAUUGUUUCUAUAUCUGGUUGCUGUGAGACCAGACACCGAUCCUCGGUCCUUGUCAUCGUUGCUUGGCCUCACUCUUCGCAUAGCACAACGCAUGGGUCUAGAUACAGAGUCCUCAAACGCCAGGUGCGGCCCUCUAGAAGGCGAGAUGCGACGAAGACUAUGGUGGGCUCUCCUUCUUUUCGACAGUCGUGUCUGCGAGAUGGGCGACUACAGAGCAUCCACCCUAUCCCCAUCCUGGAACUGCGCAAUACCUGCCAAUCUCAAUGACUUUGAUCUCCAACCAGAAAUGCAGACACUACCUCAAAGCCACGACAGGCCCACCGAGAUAACCCUAGCAAUUCUACGCUACAAAGUCGCAGAUUUGGUUCGUCACAGCACAUUCUUCCUCGACUUUACAAAUCCAGCCAUGAAAGCCAUUGCGAAACCCAGCGAUCACGGCGACAACCUCGAACUUCUGGCCAAGAACCUCGAAGCCGACUACCUCUCCCUCUGCAACCCAGAGAACCCAUACCAAUUCAUGACCAUCUGGCUCGCACGCGGCCAUAUCGCCCGCUACCUCCUCUUCCAACACUUUUCCAUCCCACCCUCCCAUCAAACCUCCCUUCAACGCUCUUCUGCAGUUUCUCACGCAUUAACAAUGCUGUCCUGCGAUACCGUCAUCCUCACCUCCGCGGCCAUAAAAAGACACACAUGGUUCCUAUACUUUCACUUUCCCUUUCCUGCUUACGUCCACAUUCUACAAUCCAUAAAGCGAGACCCCCUAGCUUCUCAUGCGAAAACUUGUUGGAAAGCCUUGUCGGAGAGUUGUGCGGUUAGAUUCAAGGAUCCUGAACAAGAUGAACAUCCGUUCCAUAAGACACCCAUUUUUAGGGUGUUUACGAGGAUUAUACUAAAAGCUUGGGAUGCUAGAGUCGCUGCUUUGGAGAAGAAUGGAGGAGAAAAGGAGGAGGAACCGUUUAUUGUGAGUGAGUUCAAGAAGAGAGUGGGUUGGGCGGAGACUGAGCAGGGGAUGGAGAAGCAGGAAGUUAGACCAUCGAGAUUCGAGGGUGAGGAUGAGGUUAUGCCGUUUCCGAUGAUUGGAUCUGGAGGGCCUUUUGAUUGUUUUGAGGAGCAAGGCGAUUUGGGAUUCGGUGGGGGUGAUGGUAUGGAUGGAAAUGGGUUUAUGGAUGUUGAUGUGGGAACGCUUGAUCUAAGCGGAGUGGACUGGUCGUCAAUGGGUUUGCAGAGUGGGUAG